AUGCUACUGGUUAAGCAGUUAUCAACAUUGACUAAAUUGGAAAUUCCAUUUUCUUACAUUCUAGGUAUUGAUGAAUUUCCAAAGGAUAUUUUUACACAGCAGCAGCGACGACAAGGCGCAGUUGUUAUACAUUUUAUUGUGGCCUUCUAUAUGUUUGCUGCUCUGGCUGUUGUCUGUGAUGAGUACUUUGUUGCAUCGUUGGAAGUUAUAUGUGAGAGAUUUAAUUUCUCUGAUGAUGUAGCUGGUGCUACCUUUAUGGCUGCUGGUAGUUCCGCUCCUGAAUUAUUUACUUCUAUUAUUGGUGUUUUUAUCACGAAAGGAGAUGUCGGCGUCGGAACGAUAGUUGGGUCGGCUGUGUUUAAUAUUCUCUUCAUUAUUGGUAUAUGUGGGAUAUUUGCGAAAGAGACAAUUCAUCUGACGGUCUGGCCACUAUUUCGAGAUUCUUUCUUUUACAUACUAUCAAUCAUUGGACUAUUCCUGGUCAUGUAUGAUGGUUAUGUCACAUGGUAUACUUCUCUGUGUCUUCUGAUACUAUAUAUUGGCUAUAUUGUAUUGAUGAAGAAUAAUGAAGUCAUACAUUCUUUCGUAUCAACUUGUCGAUGCAACAAUUAUUAUGAACGGAAUCGAGAAGAAAGAUCCAGACUAUUGGCUAACAGUAGAGGUCUAAUAUUAUUACUAUAUGAAGCUGUAGUGUUAACGUAUAAAUUGUGGCUUAUUUGGGAUGCUGCUGUACGCCUGAUGAUAACCCGCCGAUUUUCACCAGCUACACGAUUCCGAUUCGCAUGUCGAAAUAUUAUAACCCAUAAGGUGAUAAUAUCAAAUCAAUUGCAAAUUAAAGUUUCAGUAACUGCAGUACAUUAUAUGGCUUUUGAACUUUUUUGCGGAGCUGUGAGUUUUCUGAAAUUAAUACAAGUAUUUACUCUUUCUCAUUUAGUUAAAAGCUUCUUUGCAGUUUUAAAGAUGGUGGGUGUAUAUCCAAUAUGUCUUUUACUUGCGUUGACUGUGCCUGACUGUAGGAAUGAAAGGUGGACAAGAUGGUAUAUGGUCACCUUUAUUAUGUCGGUCGUAUGGAUUGCUGGUUUUUCAUACAUACUUGUUUGGAUGGUAACUGUAAUCGGUUUCACUUUUGGUAUACCUGAUACUGUAAUGGGUUUGACAUUGCUAGCCGCAGGUACUAGCGUUCCCGAUGCAAUUGCCAGUUUAAUUGUCGCACGUCAAGGAUCAGGAGAUAUGGCUGUCUCUAAUUCUGUUGGCAGUAAUAUAUUUGAUAUUCUAUUAGGCCUUGGUUUACCUUGGUUCCUCAGAACGACUAUUUAUUCAACUACAGUCAAGAUUAAUAGUCGUGGAUUGACGUUAUCGGUUAUGCUGCUAUGUGCUAAUGUGGUUUUAAUGUUUAUUUGCAUUCAUUGCAACAAGUGGAAAUUAAAUAAGAAACUAGGGGUGAUCUUUCUAUUCCUUUAUUGCGUCUUUAUUGUCAUAUCUAUGCUGAUUGAAUUUAAUGUCUUUAUGUACGUUAACCCGCCAACAUGUCCCGUAUAA